AUUUUUUGGUUGCUAACGAACGGAGAAUAAAAUGAAUGUGGUACAAUCCAAUAUUUCAACCACCAUCAGAAGCUUCAACAUAUCGGAUGAUAUUAGAAUAGAGGUGAAAAAGUUCCGCACGAACGCCAGCAUCGAUGAGGUCGACAUCGAGGAAGAUGAGGACGACAUUUCCGUCAUUCAAAAGAUACACAAAACGUUUGCUGAUCCCCACAGCACUACCUACGACUCUGCUACCCUAAAAUCCAUCAUCGCCCGAUUGGACGAUAUAGAGAAAAAGUUGGAAAAUAUUAUUCACCUAAAUCAACAAGCCGAAGCACUCUCAUCCGCGAUAAACCAGCAGCAAAGUCUUGCCAAUUUGCCCUCAUCGUCCAGCGGAGUCGUGGUUGGAAGCACUGGGGACGAUGGACUGGAACUGAAACUGGAACUGGACUCGGACAGUGAGCUUAUCGGGGAAUUCAUCGAGCAGGACGAGCUGAAGCUGGUCGAGUUUCCCAUCAACCGAAUCGAGGAGCUGAAGGAGCUGGAGGAGUCAAUCAUGAGUGAUCAGGAAUCUUUCGUAUCCUUUGUGAAUUUCAUCAGUGCCACAGUGCAGAAACACAACAGGAAUUUGGAGCUUGUUCUCAAGGACUUCAUUUCGGAAUCACUGAUCAACGAGCUUGGCUACAGCACUACAAAAGAAUCAAUGCUAUCGUUCUACAUAUUUAACCAGUUGUUAUACGACAUCUGGAAGAACGAAUAUUCUACGAUUAACGAUUACAACAACAAAUUAAAAAAUAUUGUUACCAAAACUCAAAAUCGAAUGCGACCUAACAAAAACAAAAAGUAAGACAGCAAUAAAUUAAGCUCAGCCAGCUCGUCGUCAUUACCAGCUAGCU